GUGUGUGUUUGGAUUCACCACCAGCAGCGCUACAACUGGUGGCAGCUUCCCUUGUUCUUUGAGGACUUUUGCUCUGUUUGUUUCUUAGAACUGCACUUAGCAUUGUGAAAAUUUCAAGGAGUUUAUAUUCCCAUAUGCCCAACACUCAAACUUUUUUGAGCUUCAUUGCUAAAGAGCCUUGCGACAAGCUUUCAUGUCCUGGACUCACUUCACACAAACAGUGAUAGGAGUUGUACACUUGUGUCCUCUAGGCCUGACUGACAGCUGAAACCAUGGCAACAGUAAGGGAGGAGGAGAUGCUUGAGAGUCGACUGAGCAUAGAGGACUUCAUCAAGAUGCAGAGUCUGUUUCAGUCAUGUAAUGGCGCUAGUGAUUCAGUGACCAUGCAGCGGGAGGAGUUUAUUGACAAGUUCUACUCCAUGAUUGGUCGUGGUUCACGGGAGGAAUACGAGCAUUUAUUCGACAGUGUGGACGUGUCCAGGGAGGGUUGGGUGGACUGGAAUCGCCUAUCAUCUUACCUUCUUCUGGGACUUUCAGAGAAACAAGAGCAAGCAACAAUGUCUGUAGUGCCACGUUGGUGCCCGCCUCACCUUCUAACUGCCCCUCAUAGAGGGCAAAUCCAGAGCCUAGUAGACCUGGGCACAGGCCGCUAUGUGAGUGUGAGUAAAGAAGGCGUGUUGGCUGUAUGGGCUGAGAAUCUAACACUGCUCAAGAGCCACAAACUUCACAAUGAUUCAGUCAAACCCAAAGACCUAUGGGUUACGGGUAUGGUGGUGCUCCCCAACGUCCACAAGCUUGCCGUUUCCUUCACCAGUAAGGAGAUCUGCUUUUAUGAUCUGCUCUCGAAGAAAGAGUUCAGCUGUCAGUAUAAAAUUCAUAGCCUGCAUCACACUCCCAUCUGCCUCCAUUAUUGGUAUGAUGCUGAGAGACCUGAACACGCUGUGCUCAGCUUUGGAGAUGUUGCAGGACAGGUGACUGCAAUGUGUUUUAGGUCAGUGGUGAUCUCUCUGUUUGAGAGGCCAAGUGCAGGUGUGGAACAAAAUGUUGCCAUCAAUAUCAGGUGGAGUGAGUUACAGCAGAACCGCCAUCGCUGCUGUUACACCGUCACACACAGUGCACAUGAAGCACACUGGGUCAGGAGCGUACGUUUCCUCGGCACUCUGGAAGCUUUUGUCUCCUGCAGUGGUUCUGCCCAGCGCAGCAUGGUGCUGGCAUGGAGAGAAACAGAGGCCCGUCCUUUGCGAAUCACAGCUUUUCACACAGAGAAGGGCAUUAUGGAUCUGGACUAUCAUCCAGGACUGAACCUCAUUGCUACUGCAGGUCUGAAUAACCAGGUGUGUCUGUGGAACCCUUACCUGGUCUCUAAACCUGUUGGCGUCCUUCAAGGUCAUGUUACCAGUGUAGUGGCAGUUCAAUUUAUGCUAGGAAAAAAACAGCUGAUUAGCUUCUCUAAAGACAAGGUCUUGAGAGUGUGGGAUGUGUCCACUCAUCUGUGUGUCCAGCAUGUGGCGGGGCUUUUCCCUAAAACUCAGGAGUGUAAAAUGCUCCUAUUCUUUCACGAAGAGCGAUCACGCCUCUUCCUCUCCUUUAACAGCACUCUGUUCUUCCUCGAAGUGCAGAAAGAGGAUCGAAAGAGAGUGAUGAGUCACGAGAACGCCGUUACCUGCGUUCUCUACAACUCUCUCUUUAGACAGGUUAUCAGCAGUGACGCAAACUCCAGUGUGAAGAUUUGGCUCAUGGACACUGGACAGAAGGUCAAGCACUUUCCCUGUUGCCAUGGCAAUGCUGAGAUCACCACCAUGGCCCUGGACGCAACACAGACAAGACUCUUCACUGCUGGCAUGGAUGGAGCAGUAAAGGUGUGGGAUUUCAAUGGCCACUGUCACCACAGACUGAACGCAUGCCGUGACCUAGCUGUGGACAUCUCACAGAUACUGGUGUUGAAGAGGACAGUGUUGGUGCUUGGCUGGGACAGGGUGAUCACUGUGUUCAGGAUGAACUCGUUCUCUCGCUUCUUCGUACAACCUUCAGAGUGGAAAGGAGGCGUUCAACAUUGCGGGCACAUAAAGUGCGCAGCAUUUCACGCCCCUCAUACCUUAGUUACUGGUGGUAGUGAUGGUGAGAUCAUAGUCUGGAACAACAGCACUGAAACUGCCAUACGCAAACUAUACAAAUACACACAACAAGCAAACUGCUCAGAUAACACUAGUAGCAGCACUAAACAAGCAAGUGUAAAUUCCAGUGAAAAUGACUUGGAGAGUUAUGAUGUGACCGGACUGGCCUUUCUUGAAGGACGAAAAAUUGUUGCUGCAUCAGGUGGAGCUGAUGUGGUGUCGUGUGGUGGUUCAGGCAUUGUUUGCUUCUGGAAUACAGUAAAUGCUCGAUUAGUUGGCAAGUUUCUGGCACAUGAAGGAUCAAACUCCAUUAUAAUGACUGUUGAUGGCACCGGUUGUUACCUGAUCACAGCAGAUAUGGGUGGAGUGCUGAAAGUGUGGGACAUCAAGGAAUAUUGUCUCCAUCCAUCUGAGAGUGUAAUCAAUCAGGCACCAGAGAUGCUAUCGAGCCUCCAACCUCAUGUUGAUCGCAUCACUCACUUGGAAACAUGUGUCCACAGUGGCCGUCUCUUUCUCCUCAGCGCCUCGGCUGAUUGCAGUCUGGCUCUUAGCUUCCUGCCUGGAGGAACUAUAGGGACAUUUGGACAGGAAGUGCACUGGAACCUAGCAGGAAUCAGUGAAGUGUUUGUGAAGAAAGACCAGGAAGUGAGCACAGAGGUUGCCACAGAGAGCAGGACAGAAACAAAUCUGCAGGAAACACAGCCUGAACAUAGCUCUCAACAUGCUGAGAGAUCAGAGAGCAGUGCACAGGCUGAGGAAGAGAAAGAAUACACACUACAACUUCAUACCCUUGAUGAUGACACCACAAGACAGAGAUCCAGAAGAAUUCACAGAGCUUUGAGGCACCACAAUGAAAGCACACAGCAUCAAAACGUUAACAGUGUCUGCAGUACUGGAAUAUUCAGCAAACUAAGAGUGGAGGAACUGGCCUCACUAGAAGAGCUGAACAAACCUGACUUCAUCAUCAAUCCUCAUUUAUAUUUUGGGAAAAUGUGGGAUUCAUCGUCUCCAACUCCUCCACCUCUUCCUGUGAUUAGAGAAAGUUUAAAAGCACCAUUUGAUGAAAAGAGUUUGUUUCCUAAAGAAGUGCUGGAGCAGGUGGACAAGCCCCGGCAUUACACACAGAAAGUUACCAUGAUGAGAAACUAUGGGAGAGCCAUCAGAAGUAUGGGGAAAGCCAAAGCCAGUACCUCUGGAGUCAACAAAGCCAAAUGAAGAUUCUUUCACUAAUGGUUCUUACUGUGUAUUAUUAUUACUACAAAUGAAAAAAUGCAGGUUUUUGUAAUGUAAAAAUAUAACCAACACAAAUCAUGUCUUUUUCCACCUUUAUUGUGAUAUAGCAACCAACAAGUAAAAUAAAAAGUGUAAAUGCUGGUUCAUCAGUGACAUAUGUCAAGUGAUUACAGGGAGUGACAUGGUCUCUAAAUAUACUAAUAUUUUGUAGGUAUAAUGAACAUGAACAUGGUCAAUCAUCCAUUUUACCCCCAAACUUUUACCCCCAAAAGUUUCUCUUCAGAGGAGAAACUAAAAGUAGGUUUUACUGUCUAAUUAGAAUACAAAUGACACAAAAGGACAAAUAACAGAACUGAAAGGUUGAAUGUAAGGGAAUUCAGUAUAUUUAUAUAUAGUUGGUAUUCAGCUGCAACACAGCAUAAUCCAGUUGGGCAUUAUUGACUUGUGAUAAUGGUUUUGUUGUCAAGCCAUAUUAGAUUUUAACCCUCCCAUUUCAUAUCACGACAAGCUGUCACUGUUAAUGAGUAUGUGUUCCAGUCUCUCCACAGCUGCGGGUUGUGUUGACAUUCCUUGAUGUAAUCUUGUCACUAAUCUUCAGAGUAUUCAACAGAACAGUAGCUGAUGGAAAAGCACAACUGUUCACACCUUGUUGACAACUUAACUGAAGUGUAUAUAAAACGUAAAAAUAAGGCCAUUAUGUGCUCCAUGAUAAUCUGCCUAAGUGCUAUGUUUAUUUCUUUCAUCAAAGAUGUUUCAAAAUUAACUUUAUGAGAAGAGAAAUCAAAUUUGAUAAACAGGAGAUGAGAAUUUACAUGUGUGCUGAACGGCUUACUAUCAAACCUGCAAAUCUUGUUGCCAUGGAAGCUGGAGGAGUUAUUUUAGACACAAAGGUUGAUUAAUUAGAGAAAGGCUGAUGAAAAGCAGAAAACCAAUUUUAUGUCACAUUAAAUUAUCUGAUGGCAAUCAUCUUGUCUAAUGCUGCAUGAAGAAACCUCUACUUCUGAAUCUCUCCUGCCAUAAUUUUUGUAACUCUAAAUUUAUUUAAAUGCUUAUAACAAAAUAUAUUACCAAUAUAUUAGUUUUACAGAACCUGCAAAGUUAUAUUUGGGUGUUAGAAAGUUUUAAUGCAAAAGGAAUCUGCAUGGGCUAAAUAUUUCAUUAAUAAUACUAAAAAAAAAUUAUAUGCCGAUCCACAUAUUCACCUGUCAUCUGUCUAGCAUUCCUAAUUUUUAGAUAUUUUCAUUUUGAAACGUGCCACAGCAACGCCUCGAACAAUUAAUAACUGGGCAGCUGCUAUAGAUUUUGUUAAAGAUUUAAUUAAGUAAUCAGUUUGGUAUGUCAGUUGAAGCCAUGUGUGAAACUGUAAAUCCUUUGUCCCCCCUCUCUUCCUUACUACUGAAGCACUGCUAUUUUUGUUCACAAUUGAAUAAUGAAGUAAUUAGCAACAACAAAAAUCUACUCUAUACUCUAAUAAAGAGACGUAGUGUGUAUAUCCUGACUCUGGGUUUUUUUUUUUUGUGUACUGAUGACGUAGAAGGAAAGAAAUGGUGAUUUUGUUUAAAGAUUGUCUGCAAUUCUCCUCAAACAACCUAACUAAUCUCAUCAAUGGAUGCUAAUGGGUGAGUGAAACGUGAUUAUCGUUAAUAAAAUCUGAUGUGCUGAGCCUCCUGCUGAGCCUCAAAUAGCAGUGCCAUCCUCAUCAAGAAACACAAAUAAAUAAAUAAAUGAAAUAAUACACCCCUUACUUGAAAUUCUUCCUAGGCAUUGCUGAGUAGAAUGUGCUGCACGCUGCUUCACAAGAAAUAAAAAAUUUAAUUUAGUCGAAAGACUGUUUUGUUAUUGUAGCAUGUGUGCCCUUAAGCUUGUUCUGUUCUGUUCUUUAAUAAAAUUUUAAAUUAUGGCAUAUGGUUAAACAAGCAGAAUUGCUUCUGCAGCUGCUAUUUUUUUUUUUAUUUAUGAUGUGUUUAUAGGCUAAGCUUACAGUAAUUAUUUUUGGCUUUCUGAUGAGAAUACUUUCACUAGUAUUCUCUUACAAAUAGUGGGCAUUUCAUUCUGGCCAGUGUCCCAAACAUCAUAAUACAUGAUAAGUACAGUAGUGUGCCUAAUUUGUACUGACACCCACAAUGUACUUACAAACUGUUACAAACACAGUUAACUAUGCCGUUUGGGAUGACCCCAGGUAUUCAUGAGUCAAAGAAUACUUAUCUGUUGUCAUUUAAUCAGUAUUACAGAAGUGAGAAUAAUAAUGCGAGUGCCACAGUUAUGGAAUACAAGGUUAAGGUUUAAAACCUCACUUUUGCUCUAUUGACAUUGUGCUACUUGCAUCUUAGCAUGCUGCUCUGUAGACUUGUGUCUAUUUACAUCUCAGCUAGCCCAUUAACUCAAAAACACAGCUUCAUGCUAGUUGAAAAGGUCAGGAUCUUAGAAUACCUUGAAACCAAACCCCAUUAAAAGGUAAGUACAGUGAGAAAUGAUGAUGACGAUUAUGAUGAUGAUGAUUAUGAUGAUGAUGAUUAUGAUGAUGAUGAUUAUGAUGAUGAUGAUUAUGAUGAUGAUGAUUAUUAUUAUAAUUAUUAUUGUUGUAGUUGUUGUUUACCCUUUAGAUUAGGAAUAGUCUAUUCGGGUUAGAAUCUACCAACUUAGAGCCUUACUGGCUAUUCUUGCAAUUUUUAUUUCACUCUUCCUUACAGAGGGAUCAUCUGUGCACAGCCCUCUUCCAGUUGUUCCACAGGUUUUCUUUAAAAAAUGUUUAGCAAUUCCUUUGUGACUUUUUAUUUGUGCUUUGGGUUGUAAUCAUACUGGUAGAAUUUUCAUUCAUCUUCAGCUGUCUAACAGAGGCCUGUGGGUUUUGUGGGUUUUGGGUUGCAAAGGGGCAUGAAAAGUUUCCUGGAAAAUAUUGGAAAAUUUCCAUGGAAACUUCAUCUUGGGAAUUUUGGAAAAAUAUUCCAAGUUGGAAACUUAAGAGGAAUUGAUGGGAAUUUACAGGAAUUGAUGGGAAUUUAUUUAAAUUAUUUAGAAAUUUGGUGUUUGUGUGUGUGUGUGUAGGAUGGUCUUUUUUAGACAGUUUUUUUUAAUUAUCUCACCUAAAUGUUUGUUCAGUCAGUGUAUUUGUUUUUAUAAUAAUAAAAUUUUGUUUUAUAUAUAAAUGUAUGUAAUAUUUAGGUAAUUAACAUGACUACCCACCAAGAUGGACAUGUUUUGAAAUUAUUUUGUGUGCAGGAUUCAAGAAAUGAUCAGUGCAUGUUAUGGAGGAAUGCACAGUGCAUGUGGAGAUGUGGCCUCAAUAGCCCUGUGUGCAUGUGAUGGAGGAAUUUACAGUGUUGUUUUAUCUGGAUGUUUUAAACAAGAUUAUGCUGCAAGAUAUUUUUUUCAACUACAUUUAAGUUCCGUUAUAAGCUAACCUGCAAUUUUGCAAAUUAACAGUUUACUCCCAUAUAUUCCCGUUAAUUCCCAUAUAUUCCCGUUAAUUCCCAUAUAUUCCCAUUAAUUCCCAUAUAUUCCUGUUAAUUCCCAUGGAAGGUUUCCAGCCGUGAAAUUCCCGGAAUUUUGCAACCCUAUCCAUAAUUCACUCUAUCUUGACUAAUCCCUAACCCCAGCUAAAGAAAAGCAGCUCCAUAGCCAGAUUCUGCCACCCCCAUGCUUCAUUGUGGGUAUAUGGUGUUUUAUUUUAGCCUCCCUACCCCAUAGUCCAGUCAUGUAAAGAAUUACAAGAGAAGAAUACAAGAGAUUGUUGUCUCAAGCAGCUAGUGAUCGACACAGUACCUGCCCGAUAUUCCUACAGCUCCUUUACUGGUGCCAUAGGUCUCUUGAUCUCAGUAUUUAUCUUACUUAAUCAUUUUUACAUCAGAAAAAUGGAGACAACAGAUAUGCAUAGACUUUCUGGUUCCAUUGUAGAUACUUCUUUGUACAGUUAUGUGAUACACAUUGUGUUAUUUUCAUUUGUUAAAAGAUAAUUCAAAAAAGAUACGUUUAUGCAAUUUCAACAAGGUACUUUGUGCUCUGUAAAUAUCAUAAAAUGUAAAAGAAAGAAAGAAAGAAAGAAAGAAAGAAAUAGAAAUUCACAUUCUUUCUCAAAAUAUUAUAAUUGCUCAUUUUCUCUUAAGCUUCUAUCUGCAUAACUUAAUUAUGAUAUUUGUGAGGUAUUAAGCAAACAGUAGUAGUUUUUAUAUUCUAAGCUAUUAUGAAAAACAUUUUUCAACUUUUUAAGACUUCCAAGGAUGCAUAGGGUGUCUGGAUUAGAUGAAUGACAGUUUUUGUUUCUUGUUGUUUUAAAGACAUGUUAGCCAACCAUCAGUGUUUGUGUGACAGGCCAAAUAGUCAGUAUUCACCUCAGAAGAUGCAGUGACUGGCUUUACAAAUUUAUGCAAUUGCUUCACUCUUCUUGUUUGGUUGGUGCACUAUAC